CUUCUGCUUCCGGCGCUGAGUGAGAGCCCGUUCAGUGAAGAUGGCGAGCGGAGGGGUCUCUGUGGCUUCGCUGUGGACUGAAGUGAACCGCUGCGGGCAGAAUGGAGACUACACAAGAGCCCUGAAAGCUCUGACUAAAAUUUUGCACGAAAACAGAGAUGAUGUGACGGCCCUUCAUUGUAAAAUAGUUUGCCUUAUUCAGAAUGGCACCUUCAAAGAGGCGCUGAAUGUCAUGAACACUCACUCAAAGCUGCUCGGCAGUGAUGUUGUGUUUGAGAAGGCGUACUGCGAGUACCGGCUGAACAGAGUAGAAAGUGCCCUGAAGACCAUUGAGGCUGCCCCUGAGCAAACAGACAAGCUGAAGGAGCUCUACGGUCAAGUGUUGUACAGACUGGAGCGCUAUGAUGACUGCAAGUCCGUCUACACAGAUCUGAUCAGGAACUCCCAGGAUGAGUAUGAGGAGGAGAGGAAGACCAACCUGGCUGCUGUGGUGGCUUCUAUGAGUCAGUGGGAGGAUGCUCCAUUGGAGGAUCUAGGUCUUCCAGAGUCUACGUAUGAGCUGUGUUACAAUGCUGCCUGCGCUCUGAUUGGCCAAGGACAGCUUACAGAUGCCUACAAUAAACUACAACAAGCAGAGGAGCUGUGCAGAGUCUCGUUGGCAGAUGAUUCUGAUGUGACUGAGGAGGACAUUGACUCGGAGCUGGCUGUCAUCCAUUCUCAGAUGGCUUACGUAAUGCAGUUACAAGGUCGGACAGACGAGGCGCUGCAGCUCUACAACCAGGUCAUCAAGCUCAAGCCAUCAGAUGUGGGGCUGCUUGCUGUGACUGCCAACAAUAUCAUUACAAUAAACAAGGACCAAAACGUGUUCGACUCAAAGAAAAAGGUGAAGCUGACAAACGCUGAAGGUGUUGAAUACAAGCUAGCGAGGAAGCAGCUGCAGGCCAUUGACCUCAACAAAGCCCUCCUGGCCAUGUACACUAACCAGGCUGACCAGUGCAGGAAACUGUCAUCCAGUCUUCAGUCUCAGAAUCCGAGUCACCCACGGCCGGUCCUCAUCCAGGUUGCUCAGCUGUGCAGAGAGAAGCAGCACAGCCGGGCCAUAGAGCUACUUCAGCAAUUCUCAGAGCAACAUCCAGAGAGUGCAUCUGGCAUCAAACUGACAAUGGCACAACUCUAUUUAGUACAAGGUCACGUAACAAAAGCUUGUGAUGUCCUACGGUCAAUUGAAGAGUUCAAGCACAAAUCAGGGAUGAUUUCCGCUCUGGUAACGAUGUACUCCCACGAAGAAGACAUUGACAGCGCUAUUGACGUUUUCAAACAAGCUAUUGAACACUACCAGUCUGAACAGCCCGGAUCUGUUGCACACUUGGCACUUGUACGAGAAGCUGCCAAUUUCAAACUGAAGUACGGACGGAAAAAAGAAGCCAUUAGUGAUCUGGAGCAGCUGUGGAAGCAAAACCCCAAGGACAUCCACACACUGGCACAACUCAUCUCGGCGUAUUCUCUGGUGAACACGGACAAAGCUAAAUCCCUCAGCAAACACCUACCAUCGGCAGACACGAUGGCCUUCAACGUGGACGUGGAUGAGCUGGAGAACUCCCACGGAGCGACCUAUGUCAGGAAAAAAGCCGCUAAGGUCACAGGAGAAAAUCUUCCCAAAGAACAAGGCCAAGGCGAGAUCAAAAAGAAGAGGAAGAAAAAGAAGGGCAAACUGCCCAAGAACUGCGACCCCAAAGCGACCCCCGACAUCGAGAGGUGGCUGCCCAUGAGGGAGCGUUCCUACUACAGAGGCAAGAAGAAGGGGAAGAAGAAGGAGCAAAUAGGAAAAGGCACACAGGGAGCGACGGCAGGAGCUUCAGCCGAGCUGGAUGCCAGUAAGACAGCCAGUAGCCCCCCUACCUCCCCCAGACCAGGGUCUGCAUCCGGUUCAACUACAGCCCCCGCCAGCAAUGUGGUCCCGCCUCGACAGCAGAAACCUGCAGCCUCGGGGGCCACACGCAAGAAGGCACCACAGAAGAAGAAGAAGGGUGGAAAAGGAGGCUGGUAGUCGGAGGGAAGCAACACAUGAGGCAGAAGGGGCGCCACAGGAGACACUGAGUGGCUGAGACAUCACCAAGAAACCAUAAGCUUUUGUCUUUUUUAUGUCAAUUUCACUUUUUUGUUCUGGCCAUUUAAAACCAAAAGCUCCCCUUUGCUCUUCUUUGUCAUUAAUUUGUUUUAAUGUUUUUUUAAAGUACAGAAGAGAGAAUAUUUAAAGGACAGUUCUACUGAAAUCAGCUGUAAGUUGCUCUGCAAAAGCAGAUGUUUUUUUAAAGCGUUUCUGUUUUUACUUUGUCACUUUUGACCUUCUGAGAUCACAGUAAAAUGAACUAAAGGAAACUGCAGAUGUUGCCACUACAUAUUUUUUUCACCAAUGGUCAGGAGAAUGAAAACCUCCUUGUUCUGAACUGUUACCUGGCUGUGCUGUUCUAUCAUUAUAUGCCAAGUGCACAUCUGUAAUCUAUACUAAAAUGUGAUUAUUCAAUGAGGUUUAAAUGAAAUCCAUAAAAUCAUGUCAUCAAGGCCAUGUUGUGGGACCUUACAUUUUCAUUUUGGCAAAACCACAGAUCAGUUCCAGCAGUUUGGGUAAAAUAAACUGCUUUUGCAAAGUGAUUUGAAGUUCAGUUUUGGGAGAAUCAUCCUUAAUAUUUCUUGGGUCUGAGUAUCAGGAUGUCAUACGUCGUACUCUGGCUGUUUGCUUCAUGUUCCUUUUAAAUUGUCCCUUUUCUUUCAAUCAGCUACAAAGAUGCAAUGUUAAAGAGAUAUUUAUUUUUCAGUCCCUGUGUUGGUCUAAAUUCGAGCAAAAAUCAUUUUAAUUCUUGAAUUAAAUUUGUCAGAUGCAUGUUUAUCAUGUUUCGGAAAUGAGGAAAGCGACCAAACAGGUGUCCCAUUUUUGUUAAGUCUUAAUAAAAUUCUUCACAGUGA